CAUUCGAUUUAGCUGGACGUGUUUGUAAACUGCGCUGCUCUUGGCCGCUGGUUCAUCACUGUGGCUUCAUUGCUUCAUUAGUGGAGAGGAAAGUUGUCUACUUGCUGGUUGAAAAAAGUAAAUUUAUUAUACUGCGUACACUGGCGAAUGUUGGUGAUUACCACUGUUACACUGUUGUAUAGCAAACAUACACAACGAGGUAGGUGAAGGAGCAUAUCUGACACCAAAUUGAAAAAUUGAAAUAUGUGAACAAUAAAGUAUUAAGGAACAAAUGUAAAAAUUCAAGUGUGUAUGUAUUAGCGGAAAUAUACCAAAUACCAAAAAAUAACGAAAAACUCCAUGUGCUGUGAAAAUUAAAUUUGAAGAAAUACAAGUAAAGACCACGGUAAAAACAAAGAAUCACUACGCAAUUUGUUGGUAUAUACAGAAGUGCCGCUGUUCAGUAACUAACAAUAGCAAGCAAGUGCGGUCUUGCACUAAGAUUAGCACGACAAUUUAAGGCCGUGAAGAUUCUAUUUGUUCAACUUGCGAGGAAAAAGUAGAAAAAUAUCUGCUCCAAACUACAGAGAAAGUGCCGCCGAUCGACCUUGCCAAAGAGUGCGUGGAAGUGAAAAUUAUCUCAGCCAUAGCAGCAGCAGUUCACACAGCAGUAAUCAUUCGUCGAGCAAAUGUGUACAACAAAGGGCACACAUUUCCCACAAGGACUAACAAUAACGACACCGAUAAAAACUGAUUUUUUGUAAUUUUGGACAUCGAAUUUUGUGUUUAUAAUUUUCGUUUUUCGAAUAUAUUUAAGCGUAAUUGUUUUGAAGGCGAAAACCUAAUUAAAUCAAAUAUUAUUUGUAUUGAAUUGUACUGCUAUUUAAUGUUUGUAUGAAAUUUCCGUCGUUCAAGUUCCGAGACAUGCGUCAAUUGUGAUAAAAAGUUUUGUUCGAAUAUAGUCGAGCUUGAUUUUCUGUUUAAUAGAGUCAAAUGUAAUAGUUACACACAUACACACUCACAUGUGUAAAUGUUUAAACCAAAUAGAAUAACUGUAUAAGAAGUAGCUGUGAGAAUCUCAUGCAACAAUUAUUUGUCCGUGUCGACUUGUAAAAAUUGCUGUUAGAACUGUAAUAUUAACUAACCUCGUUGAAAGCAACUGAAAUCAAAGAUCUUAAAUUUUAAUUAAUAACUAAUUCAUAAACAUUUAUAACCAGAUUAAAACGUAUUUCCAGUAAUAUUUAUUUUUCUUUAUAAAAAGCACUGAACUUUUUACUGCAAAUAAUUUCCAUUCCAAGAAACAGUAUUUCGUGCAGCGGAAACCAAAACUCAGUUACGUGUUUGCCACUCACGCAUCCUACACUCACUCAAGUAUUCAACACAUUCUUUUAUUUAAGUGUAGUUUUACUCAUUCAAUUCACUCUCUACUUCUACAAAACAAAGAACCUAAAACAAAAACCAAGUAAAUAAAUACUCAACAAUGUUUUUACUCAAGCGCAAGUGCACGCUGCUCUUCAGCGUCAGCUCUAUGACUUUGCUGCUCGUCUGCCUUUUGAAGCAGCCAUCCACGGCCAACGCAUGCUCUAGUCGCUCCAUACCGAAGCCACGCACUCUAUCCUCGGGCGGCUCCUCGGUUUCGUCGCAGAAGUCAACCACAUCUACAACCACUACCACCACGGAGCCGACAACGACUACCACAACAACACAACGUCCAAAUAUCACAUUCCCAACCUACAAGUGCCCACUGAACUAUGAUGCUUGGUACUGUCUCAACGACGCCACUUGCUUCUCCGUCAAGCUGGGCGAUUCAGUGAUGUAUAAUUGCGAGUGCGCAAACGGAUUUAUGGGGCCACGUUGUGAGUACAAGGAAUACGAUGCCUCAUUCUUGCCCAAACGUCCACGUCCAAUGCUGGAGGAGGCGAGCAUUGCAAGUGGCGCAAUUUGCGUGCUACUCUUUGUACUUUUCAUCUGCUUGACCCUGUAUUUGCGCUACGAGCAGCGCAGUAAAAUUUCGACACUUGGCUGUAAUGAGUACGAAGUUACUGGCGGCGCCACCAUUGAGGAUGAAUAUGAAGAUGAGGAGAAUGAAAAUAGCUAUUUUACAACCAAAGCAUGUCGUUACUGCAAUGAAAAACAAUGUUGCGGUGCAGAGGUACGAGUUGUUGGCGGUGGAGCUGGAGGCAUUGGCAUGCGGCGUGGUCGUGUCCAUGGCGCUGCUGAGAAUGCCGGUGGGGCGCCCUCAUUGCGUCGUUACAUUGAAGCGAUUUCUAUGUCAUUUGCUAUCAAGCGCACCACAAAAUUGUAGAGUGAAUAAGAAAUGUACGCAUAGAAAUAUAGAGAGAUGUGAUGGAAAUUGUGUUGUAUUUGUGAAAUAUCUAACUGCCAAAUUAAAAAUCGAAAACAUGUGCUUCUGGCUUAAGUGUACUGCAGUUCAAAGUAAUAUUGAUAGUUUGCAACUUUGCGCAUCGACUUUGAUUUGGUAUGGAUUUAUAUAUCGUUGAUAAAAAAAGUUGUCAAACUGUGAACGCAAUUGCAUGCCAGCUUAAAAAACUUAAAAACGUAUAGAAUUUCAAUUUUUAAAUUUUUUUGUAAAACUUUUAUUAAUUGCGUUCAGGUUAUUCGCCACUUAAAAUGCCUUAGUUUCAAUGCCGCUAAUUGUUAUUAUGGCGAUAAAUGUCAAAAUCAAGCAUUCAAUUUAAUUUUAAUUUUUUUUUAAUUUGCUGAAUUGAAUAUAUUUCAAUGUUUAUCAGUAUUGAAACAUUACUAAUUUUUUAAAUUAUUUUUGUGUCCCAAAGUACUUAACAUUUUUUUCCAAGUACUUUAAGUUUAUUUUUGCUAAAUUAGCUUUGAAUAUCUUUGAAUCUCAUUUUUAUGUACUUAAAAGCUAUGUGUAUGUGGCACAUUAUAAUCAAUAAGCCUAUACGAAAUAUAUUUUUUGCAAAUACAGCACAAAAACCAUCUCUGAAAAAAACUAAUUAAUAUAUAAAAAUAUGCUCUGUUAGUUCUUUAGCUAGCAAGCAAUUUAUUUUUUAACUGAAUCGUUUAUUGAAGCAAAUCAGUUUUAGACUAAUAUUGACUAAAUGCCUUCGAGUGCUUUAUAUACAACACAACAACACGCAUACACUCCUACAACUUUUUAAAUGCAUUACAAUAUCAUAAUUUAAACACUCAUGCCAAGAAAAUCGAAUUUCACAAAUCCAUGACAUCACAUUUCCAUAAGUAACUUAAUCAUAAAAUCAUUUAAACUUUAAUGAUUAUGAAAUUCAUAGCUAAACAUACCUUACAUACUGCUUUCGGAUGAAUCCAUGGAAAAGAACUUUUUUGAUAAACAUUAUUUAUUUAUUAUUAUUUUAAUAUAGUGAUAUUUAUUUAUUCGUAUACACUGCAGUGUAUUUUAUAAAACGCGUAUUAAUUUAUCUUGCGGCUUGCAGAAAAGUAUUAUUUGUGGCAACUAAAUGCACGUACACGUAUUAAAAAAUAUGCAAAUUAAAGAUUUAAAUAAAUAUGCACAAAUUAUUAAUCAGCAUAAAAGCAAAA